AUGGUGGCGCGUAUCGAGGCAGGGACGACGAACUCCAGGGCGGAGCGGCGCCGACUCCUAGCCGGUGGUGGCGGGGAGCACAAGGGCGGCGCAGGUACAGACGCGUGGUCUGCAGGGGACAGGGCGGACGAUCUCCUGGUCGCCGUCGGCGCAUGGUCUCCAGGGAAGGGCGGCGGAGGAGUCUGUAUUCUCUGCCGGCGCGUGGUCUGCAAGGGAAGGGCUCCGCCUGAGCUGGAAGGAAGGAGAGGGCCGCGCGCGAGGUGCAGUGGAUCGGAGUGGUGGAAGGCCGCGCGAGGGGUGGAAGGUGGGCGGCGGCGCGCGGCGGCCGGGAAGAAGGCUGGGUGGGAUUUGGCCCUGCCGCCGGGAAGAAGGCUGGGUGGGGAUUCGACCCUGCCGCCGGGAAGAAGGCUGGGCGGGGAUUCGGCCCUGCCGCCGGGAAGAAGGCGGGGCGGGAAUUGGGGACGGGCGCGGUGCCUGCAGAUAGAGAAGAAGGGCGCCGGCGGCAGCUGGGCAGGAGGGAGAGUGGCAGCUCAGGGGAAUGGGGGAGGGCAGACCGUGGCCGAGCUCGAGGACAGGGGAUGA